UGAGCGAUUUAAUUUUAUAUAGGUACUUAAAUUAUAAUAUGCUAGAUGGCGUGAGAAACAUUGUGAUCUUUUUGAGGUUGGUAUUUCAGAACGUGUAACAUAAAGAUCCCAUAAGAUGUCACGCCUAUUUUGUUUCUCGUCCGUGAUGGUAGAGUGCUGGAUAUUUGGUAAAGUGGAUCACUUGGUUCCGAUCAGUAAAGAGCGAAGACGACGGGUGUGUGUAGAGGAGAAUCGUGUGGGAGGAUGAGUUUUGGCAUAUCGGUGCAAUGGGUGUUCUCUGGCGAGCCCAAGUGUUGGGCUGUCGUGAGUCGGGAGCAGUGAGGCGGGUAGUCAGUGCGUCGUCAGACUUCGCGUCGUCGUGAUGUUAUUUUGUUUUUUGUCUUUCUGAUUUUCUUCUUUGGGGGUUCAUUCAGAGAUUUUCUUCGUCGGGGGAAUAUAUCAAGUAUCGUGUUGUGACUUUCUAUAUAUAAUUUAUAACAGAGAAUGAUCGCCAUAUAUUUAUUCUUUGAAUUAGUUAGAAAUUUAAUAAUUUAACAUGGUUAUCGUUAUAUUUAAUUUAUCGUUUAGAUUGACUUCUGUGAUUGUUUUACGCGUAUAUUAUUGUACACAAAACGUAAACGAAAUUGAAAGAAUAAAAUAUCGGGAAUAAAAAAAGUAUAUAUUUUUAAUAAAUUUUCCUCAUUUUCCUUUAUUAUAUUGAUUUAUUUAUUUUAUGCUGAUUUUUCACAAUAUUCUUCUUAAGAAUUUUCAAAUCCAAGUGUGAUUAUCUUUUCUCUAGUGUGAUUUAAAUAUUUAUCAAAUGGCUUCUAUCAAAUUUUUUUCAUAUAUGAAGAUAUCUUAAUCGAUUGUGCCUUGGCAUCAUGUGCCAUUUGAAAAUACAAUUUUAUAACGAUGAAAAUGAGAGGUAAAAGAAAAAUUGAAAUUGAACGAUUUGUGAAUCGUGAAAUUGGAAAGGUGGAUGUCGAGUAGUGUCGAAUUUAAUAUCGGUUGAAGUGAAUAAAUUGUUUCAGUUGGUGCGUAUAACAAUGACGGAUGUUGAGAUAGUUAUUCCAAGUGAUGGUAAAACGAGGGUAGCCGGGCCAGAAGUACUGGAGAGAUGAAAAAUUGUCGGGUCGUGCAUUUGCCAGCCCAGCCUCAUACGAGACGCGAAUGUCUCGUUUGGGCUAGGAGAUUAUACGCGAGUUUUCAACCGUUUAAAAACGUUAACCAAAGAGAAAAUGGAACACAAGCAAACAAUCUUGCUUGCACCAGCGCUGAGCAACAGCAGCUGUUGGCGGAGAGACACGUCCGAAGCCACUUGGACUGGACCAGGCCCUGGAGAAUUGUUACGCGCUACUCUAAUUCUCGUGCUCAGUCUCGGUAUUCUUUGUGCCAAUUUGUUGGUAAUAUGCGUCAUAAAUAGCAGACGAUACAGCAAAUAUAUUCACGCGCAGCCAAAGUACUUACUGACAAGUUUAGCGAGCAACGAUCUUGCUAUUGGUCUUCUGGUUACACCAUUCGGCUUUCUACCAGCUGUUUAUGGAUGUUGGCCUUACGGCGAAAUUGUGUGUCAAAUACAGGCGCUUCUUAGAGGAGCUUUGACCCAACAAAGUGCCGUUAUCCUUGUUUGUAUGGCGAUUGAUCGUUACGUUUGUAUGCUGCAUCCACAUCAUUAUCACAAACACGCAUCUAAAAAGGGUUGCGUGGCAGUGAUGUCGACUACUUGGAUAGCGAGCGUGGCAAUUUUCGGUGCUCUCGUGCUUCCAAGAGGAGGUUAUUACUUCAACGAUUCCGGUCUUCUCGCCUGUGAUCCUUUUUUUGCCAGGGCUUCCCUCAGAAUUCUCGCGUGUUGUUGUUUUUAUUUUCCUACGACGAUGGUGCUGAUGUAUUGCUAUGGUUCAGCCUUUCACGUUAACAAACUGCGCUUAAAAAGGGUGGUUUGCGUUAAUACACCGGAGGUCGUUAGCGGAGGCCAUAUGGAGAGGCUUGUAGCUCACGAGAGACGAUUGUCAACUUCUGCUUCUCGAACAAUGGCUGCGAUGAGUUUAGGAUUCAUUGUUAUGGUCACGCCAUGGACGAUUCAGGAAGUCGUUGCAGCUUGUACCGGAAGCAAACCACCACCAUUCCUCGACUUCCUCGCCACGUGGCUUGCGCUUUCCAACAGCUUUUGGAAUCCGUUCCUCUAUUGGCUGCUCAACAAUCACUUUCGUCGUAUUUCGAGAGAACUUCUCUACACUAAGGUACUUUGUAGGCCGAAACCUUUGGGACCGAAACAACAUUGUUGCGCCACUAGCACAGGUGGUCUUGAUGUUUGUAACAUGGCAGGAGUCGAUUUAUCAGGUUUAGAGCGUUGCUCAAUAGACCGUUUUUCAAUGGCUCGAUGUUCCUCUUCUUCGUUAGCCAAUACACCACCACCACUUCCUUGGGAAACCGGACAUGUCCUACAUAACGAUGCUACGCCAACGUGAGUUAGGGAUGCCGUCACGCAAACGGAGGACAUUGAAUCUCCAACGCAUGCUAGUUAGUAUAGCGUGGCGGCAGAACACCAUUCCGUGACUCGUAAUCUUGGAACGGAGCGAUCAUCGCAUCCUCGAUCUUUUUCAAAUAAUUCGUCUUUGUCGAUAAUAGAAUAUUCUUUGUACGAAGAAAGUGCACAAAUCCGACGCGAUCGCCGUUUCUAUCUGGAAAAUACGUGUUUCAAAAGCGUGCCGGAUUUAAUUCGAGAUCUUGAAUUUAAUUGACGUAAUAAUCUCAAAUGUUGCCGAAGAAAAUAUAUUGUGCUGUAAUUUGCGAUCAAGAAUCAAAUUCGUAUAAUGGACAUUACGAUUUUGUACUAAUCAAAAGUUCAAAGUAUUUUUUAUUAUAGAUGAAGCACAUUCGACCGAAAAAAACGGAAAAAAUAUUAUCUUGAAAAUUAAACAUAAUUUUUCACUAAUUUGAACUAGAAUAUAGAUAUAUAUAUGUUUAUGGCAUUCAAAUAUAAAAUAUAAUAAUAAAUCUAAAAGAAAGUAUAUAUAAGUACUAUUAUGUAAAAUUAUUUUACAUCAAUUUUUUUUUUUUUUUUAUCUUUCUUUUCAUGAUUUCGAACGUAAUGGGAAAAGGAAAGAUAAAGAAUUCUUAUUAUAUAUCGUUAAUAACGGUAUAUGUCGCUAUAUAUCGCUAAUUUACGUAAUAUUUUUAAUUAUCGAAUUCAUUGAAAAUUCAUUGCGUUCAUUAUCUUAUAAUAUCUUGCCAAUACACGUUUAUAAUAACCGCACAAAUUAUACGUAUAAAAUAAUAUUUAAGAAAUUGCAAUAUAGAUGUUAAAUAGAUAUUAUUUUUAUCGUGUUUAAUUAUAAAUUUAAUUAUAAUAAUUUUUUUUCCCUUCGAACGGAAUGACUGUUAUGAUUGAUAACGCAAUGAAGGAAUUGUUUUAAGAAAUAUUAUUAGAUUUGGAAACUGAAAUUGAAAUUGAAUUAUUAUCGAUUAAUUAUCGAUUUAUGUUAAAAUUUCAUUUAUAUUUAAUAUCAAACGUUUAAUGUUAAUAUAUAACGUUAAUAUUGCACUUUUUUAUCUUUUUAUAUUUAGUAUUUAUUGAUAAAAGAGCUCGUUUUAACUUACAUACACACAUAGACGCGCGCGCGUUGAAUUAAGCUGACCGAUGAAUUAGGUUAAAAGUUUAUAAGAAUUAGAAAAAUCAUUUAUUUUUCCAAUCAAAUAUGUUAUUCAUUCUCGCGUUAUAUGCUUGAAUAAAAUUAUAUAUGUAAAACGCGAUUAUAAAUGCGACAAAGAUUUCAUUUUUUAAUAACGUAUUAAUUACUGUGAAAAAUAAAAUAUUAGUAACUUUGGU